CGUCCUUCCAGGCAUGCGUCUAGAGGUACUAGGUGAUUACUGUAAUUAGUUCAUCUUCGCAAUACCAUCACCAGCAACCUUGAUAACUAGUCCACCACCGAUCUCCUCAAGCGUGCCCGACUUUCUAUCCGCGCUUUGCUCUCAAUGGCUCAAUAAGCCCUUAUCUAUACACGCCAAGACUUUCUCAUCAUGUCGCGACACAGCGAUCAUGAUGAUAAUCUGGCCUAUGGCGAAUUCCACGGAGAUGCCCAGUCAACGGACGGCGAACGAGGCUUUAUCGGUGAUGUGGGAAGACGCUUCUUCGGCGGAGGCAAGAAGCCUCAGCAGGGCGAUACAAGUGUCACUCAGCAAUACCAACCUCACCUAGCAUAUGGCGAGCAGCCAGGCCCAGAGAAACCUUCAGGAGGCAUGUCCUCGUUAUUUGACAAAGCCCACGGCCUUGUCCAUGGUCUAGGCUCAGAAGUGAAAGAGAGACUGUCUAAUAAUCAACAAAGGCCAACGAGCGGAGCACCUGCUAACCCCAGCACCGACUCGACCACGGGCAAUCGCUUCAACAGUUUUGCACCGGAGCGAACUGGCGGAAAUGAUAUAAAGUGGUAUGUUGACGGCUGUGGCUACAUGUGGGCAGUUUCGGUGGCUCUGGAACGUGCUAGGGAAUCAAUCUGGAUUCUCGAUUGGUGGCUCUCACCUGAGCUAUAUCUCAGACGCCCUCCAGCAAAGAAUCAGCAAUACCGGGUAGACCGCAUGCUCAAAGCGGCCGCAGAAAGAGGUGUGAAAGUCAACAUUAUAGUCUAUAAAGAGGUCACCCAAGCUCUCACCCGUAAGUUGCUGAAUCCCACGCUGCCCGAUUACCUCCACUCCCUACUUCCUAAAACCACCGAUCGUAUUACUAAAUUCAUAUCGCGGGUGGGCUUGGAUGUCAUAUUCAAUUCCUUGGAACAAUGGGAGAAGGACAAUCCGCUGAUAGCUCCCCCUCUCACAGUGUCCUCAUCGCAUACCAAACAUGCACUCGAAGAUUUGCAUCCCAACAUUGCUGUGUUCCGGCACCCCGACCAUCUACCGGACCAAAAGGUUCUCACGUCGUCCUUUCUAAGCUCACUGCAGAACCUCUCUCUUUCAGCAGCCUCAAUAGCAAAACUACCAGGACAAACCAUAGAAGGAAUAUAUGGGGUACACGAAGGCACAGUCCUCUAUUGGGCGCAUCAUGAGAAACUUUGCCUUAUCGAUGGCCGCACUGCCUUCAUGGGUGGACUUGACCUCUGCUACGGUCGCUGGGACACUAACCAGCACCCAAUAUCGGAUGCCCACCCUGGGGAUCUAGACAAUAUCGUCUUCCCUGGACAGGACUAUAACAACGCCCGAAUCAUGGACUUCCAGGACGUUGUGAAUUGGGAGAACAAUAAAUUGGAUCGUACGAAAAGCUCGCGUAUGGGAUGGUCCGAUGUGUCUCUUUGCUUGACAGGUCCCGCUGUGGAAGAUUUGAAAAGCCACUUCAGUCAGCGUUGGAAUUUUUUGUUCAAAGAGAAGUACUCCCACAAAGAUCCUCGUUAUGCUCUCCUUCCGGAGAGAGCUACAACUGUCAGCGCUACACCUCAAGGGCAGCAAAGAGACGUCGAAGGCGAAGAACGCGGUUUCGGCGGUGAAGGUGAACGUGGCAUCUUCGGCCUCGCACAGAGUCAUGGUCAGGAUCAAGGCGGCCUGCGUGGGCAACUUCAGGAUCGCUUGAAUCAGGGCUUCCAGCAUGUCGAGCACCGUAUCGGAAGUCACUAUGGCGUUUCACGGCCAACAAGCUCUCAAGGUCCAGGCGGGACAUCUUGUCAGAUCACAAGAAGUUGCGCCAAAUGGAGCCACGGCGGUGGCCUCGAGCACUCCAUUCAGAACGCUUAUUGCGAGGUAAUUCGUAACAGCGAGCAUUUUGUGUAUAUUGAGAACCAAUUCUUCAUCACUGCGACUGGCGACAAACAGAGGCCCAUCAAAAACAAGAUUGGUGAAGCCAUGGUCGAACGUAUUCUCAGAGCAGCAAGGAAAGGUGAAAAGUACAAAAUGAUCAUUGUCAUUCCAGCAGUCCCUGCCUUUGCAGGCGAUCUCAAGUCCGACGAUGCAUUGAGCACGAGGGCCAUUAUGGAGUUUCAGUAUGAUUCGAUCAAUCGAGGGGGAAACAGUAUCUACGAGAGGAUCGCCCAACAGGGAUUUAACCCGAUGGAAUACAUCAGAUUCUACAACCUUCGAAGCUAUGAUCGAAUCAAUGUCAGCGGCGUCAUGGCGCAAGCUGAGAAACAGAGCGGUGUCAGGUAUGAAGACGCCCGCAAGGAGCACGACGCGGCCUUUGGAGGCGUUUAUGCAUCAGACAACCAGACAACAUACCAAGCUUAUCGACCAGGAAUGCCUGCAAACGGAUCUGACCAUACUGGGCCGGCGCAAUACUCUCAGGAGAGUAAUUACAAAAGUUACCAGUCACAGGCUCCGGCUAGUAUUCCUGGUAAUGUCCAUGAAAUGGACGGAAAUUGCUCGCGCGGGUUGGGCGGGGACGCAUACCAGCAGUAUCAACAAGGGGCUCAGGGCAUCUCUGAUCGAAAGGGCUUGGCUGGUGGCAGGUGGGACAGCGUAUCUGAGUGCUACAUGCUUGGUGGUGAAGAUAUUCGCAAUGUACCAUGGGAACAUGGUGCAAUGGAUGAGAUUGACGCAUUCGUGAGCGAAGAACUCUACGUCCAUUCCAAGGUAUGUCUCUACCAGCUUUGUAGGCGAUUUGGCCAGCUGACAUGUAAAAAGCUCCUCAUCGCUGAUGACCGAAUUGUCAUUUGUGGCUCAGCAAAUCUUAACGAUCGCUCUCAGCUGGGUGAUCAUGACUCUGAAAUUGCAAUCGUUGUCAACGAUCCAACUCCAGUGGAGGGACUCAUGGAUGGCAGGCCGUGGCGAGGGUCGCGUUUUGCUUCAAGUCUGCGAAGACAGAUCUUCCGAAAGCAUCUUGGACUACUUAAGCCACAAGUCAUGGAUCACCCGGAUCAGAAUUAUGAACCGAUUGGGGUCCCAAACAUCUACGACUGGGGCUCGUACGAAGAUAUCUUGGUGACUGAUCCCUUAUCUGACGAGUUCUUGAAUUUCUGGAACCAGCGCGCCCGGGCCAAUACUGAUGCCUUUGGCCGCGUAUUCCACCCCGUGCCUAGCGACUCGGUCCGAAAUUGGAAGCAGUAUGAUGAGUACUACGAACGCUUCUUCCACGAACAGGACGGUGACAACAAAGAGAAGAAACCAAGUAAGUACAAGUGGGGACAUGUUGUGGCGGAGGAAUUCCCCCCUGGUGAACAGGGUGUCAAGGAAGUCAAGGAGAUUCUCAGUACGAUCAAGGGCACGUUGGUGGAGAUGCCAUUACUUUUCCUCAAGGAAGAGGACAUUGCCAAGGAAGGUCUCGGCUUGAAUGCCUUCACCGAAGAGGUCUAUACUUGAGCCAAAUGGUGGAAAGCAUGCUGCAUGUUGGGCAGGCCGACGUUGACACAUGAUGAGACUGGCUGGAGCAGCCAUCCUUGGCUUGAUGGUCUA